AUGGAUGAGGAGGGCGAAAUCCCUGGCUCCUGGUGGUCUUCUUCUUCUUCUCCCAAUAACUUCCAUCAAAGCGAGUCCAUGACGAAUUUGUUGUUGCUUCUCCAACAGUUUCCGUCUUCUGCUGAUUCUGCUGCACAAGUUGCUGAUUCUGCUGCACAAGUUGUCGACUCCGAGGUUGUUAUUACCGGAACCAAUCAGUUACAAUCUUCUAAUUCUGCUGCUGCGCAAGAUGUUUAUUUCGAGGACAAUGCUGCUAGGGUUACCGGAACCAAUUCCAACUCCAACUCCGAGCGCUCGUUUUUGGAGUUUAUGGCUGAAGAGUUACCGCCUUUGGAUUCCGCUCUGGAACAUGAGAUUACUAAGUCGAAGUCACCAAUGUACGCUGCUGUUGUCGAUUCCUCCAACGUUGCUAGCUGUAGCAAUUCAAACGACUUGGUUCCUCUGCCAUUGAAUUCUGCAUUAUCUUUCUCGGUUCCUCUACCGAUGCCUCCUCUACCGAUGCCUCCUGUUGAUCCUGUUGAUUUUGUUAGUGAGCGCACUUAUUACAAGAGCAAGCCGGACCUCCCUUGCGCUGCACUCAAUCAAGAAUUCAAUGUAGUGAACAAUACUCAAUUUCAGCCUCCAAUUGCUAGUACUAAUGCUAUUGCUUCUUAUCAUAAUUUUGCAGAUGAGUUUGUUUCUCUACAAUUGAAUUCUACAGUGACUGGUGCGGCAUCAUCGGUGGAAUCAUAUUCAUCAGUUCCUCUACCCAUAGCUGCUGCUACUCCUCCUACUGCUGCUGUUGAUUAUAAUGAGUGUGCUUAUUACAAGAGCAAGCCAGACCUCGCUUGCACUGCACUCAAUCAAGUUAAUCCGCAAUUCAAUGUAGUGAACAAUACUCAAUUUCAGCCUCCAACUGCUAAUGCUAAUGGUGUUACUUCAUAUUAUAAUUUUGCAGGCGAGUUUGUUCCUCUAUCAUUGAAUUCUGCAGUGACUGGUGUGGUUUCAUCACCUCUACCAAUGGCUCCUCAUCCUCAUGCUGUUGAUUUCAAUAGCGAGCACGCUUAUUACAAAAGUAGGCCUGAAAUCUCUUGCGCUGCUGCCAAUCAAGUUAAUCAACAAUUCAAUGUAGUGAACAAUACUCAACUGCAGCCUCCAAUUGCUAAUACUAAUGUUUUUCAAUUUAUGGCAAAGGUCAUUGAAAAUUCUGAUGAGGCAAAGCGUCAAAGGAGGAAGCAAGCAAAUCUAGAAUCAGCUAGACAGUCUAGAAAAAGAAGACAAGACCUGAUGAAAAACACUAAGAUAGAGGUUGAACGUCUUAAGAGGACAGCCUCGGAAUUAUCACUGACUUGCUCGAAGCGUAAAGAAAAUUGUGACACAUCUCAUUGUUGGAAUAGAGUUGCAAUAAUUGAUCGUGUGGCACUUAUUGCACGGGUCUAUACAUCUGAGAAACAACUUAUGAAAGUGACAGGGUUCCACCCACUCGAUGACCCAGAUUUUAUAUCUAUAGCUAAAAAUGCUGGUCUAAAUUUGUCGGAUGUUAGAAGCCUGAUACAUGCACCUACAUAUCUUACUUCACAAAUUCCACCAUACCUUAACCAACUGGUUUCUACUUUUUCCAAUGCUCCACAUCCAAAAGGACAACGAGUGCAAAAUCAAAAUUUUCUGAAUACUAGUUUGCAUGGGGCCAUGCCUGGUUGGGACAAUAACCAACAGAAAAAGUAUUAGUUCAAAAUUAUUGAU